AUGCUACCCUUCGGUGGACCACCAGCGUUCUCUCCUUUGAUAAAUAUAUCACCAAAUGCAGCAGCAGCUGCAUCACAGGCAACAUACUUGCAACAACAAGUUAUCAUGCCACCACUGCAAAGAAUACCGAUGAUGACUGUAAGCUCAGCACCAACACAACUACAGCUUCCCCAAGUAUCGGUAACUUCACCUGCUACUACACCACGACCAAUGCUUGUUCCACCUCAGAUGCAGAUGGAAAUAGCUGCUGCAACGCAGUCUCCUCGCACUUCUGUUGGUACAACCCCCGUCACCAGUGAUAUUUGGUCCGAACACACAGCAUCUGAUGGACGCGUGUAUUACUAUAACAAAGUAACAAAGCAAUCAUCAUGGCAAAAACCGGAUGAGUUAAAAACUCCCGAGGAGAAGAAAUUAGCUGUUGCAAAACUAUGGCGUGAAUACAAAACACCCGAAGGGCGACCUUAUUAUUAUAAUAUCGAAACUAAAGAGACGACUUGGAUUUGUCCGAAAGAUUUUGAUCCAGCAGUUGUAACAAAAGUAAAAAGUGGCGUAGAGUCGAAAGGGAGUGAUACAUCAAAAACAGAAUUGCAGAGUGGUGGAGAAUCUGAGUUGGAAAAAGCAGUGCUGGCCACACUAAAGUCGCUUGAACAACCUAAUGAACAAACAGGGAAUGUGAAAGAAGCAGAUGCAGAAGAUGCAGAAGAAGAAAAAGAUUUAAAACAGAAACAAAGUGAUAAAUUCCGAGAUCUUCUACGAGAUAAGUACAAUGAAGGGAAGAUAUCAUCUACUAGCUCAUGGGAACAAGCAAUGAGAUAUAUUCAGCAUGAUCCUAGAUUUCGUAUUUUGAAUAAAGUGAGUGAGAAAAAGCAGUUAUUCAAUGCAUGGAAAGUGCAGAGGCAAAAAGAAGAGAGGGAUGAGAAACGUCUCGCUAUCAAAAAAGCAAAAGAGGAUUUGGAGGAAUGGUUGCAGAAUAAUUCAAAGGUACGACCAACUAUGCGUUACUCCAAAGCAGAAAUACUUUUUGCUGAUGAACCUAUCUGGAAAGCUGUACAUGAAGGUGAACGAAAAGAGAUUUUUGCGGAUGCAUUAGAGUUCAUAGACAAACGUGAAAAAGAAAAUGCGAAAGCUAUCCGCCGUAGAAAUGUUCAAGCUCUGGCUGAUAUUCUGGAAGGAAUGGAAGAAAUAACUUAUCGGACAACUUGGGCGCAAGCUCAGCGUCUUCUUAUUGAAAAUCCUUCAUUUGCCAAUGAUAGCACAUUACAGAAUAUGGACAAAGAAGAUGCCCUCAUUGUUUUUGAAGAACAUAUACGGACGGCAGAAAAGCAUUAUUUAAAAGAAAAGGACAUGGAAGAGCGUCGAAGGCGUCGACAAGAAAGGAAGAUACGUGAAGCUUUCCAAGCUUAUUUAGUGGAACUACACAAACGAGGUGAAUUGACUUCAAUAUCAUUAUGGAGUGAACUGUAUCCUGUUAUUUCUGCUGACUCGCGUUUUGAUAAUAUGUUGAAACAGUCGGGUAGCACACCAUUAGAUUUAUUCAAAUUUUACGUUGAGGAUUUGAAAAGUCAGUUUGGUCAAGAUCGACGAGUGAUAAAAGAAAUUUUAAAGGAUCUGAAUGUUACAGUCGAAGUAGGCACAACUUUUGAUCAACUUUGCAAGUGGGUAUCAUCUGAUGAAAGAGGUAAAACCGUUGAUCCGGGUAACAUGAAACUUUGUUAUAAUUCCUUGGUAGAAAAAGCAGAAGCUAAGGAAAAAGAACAGGAGCGUGAGGAAGCAAGAAAGAGAAGGCGGCAUGAAACAGCAUUUCGAAACAUCCUACGAACUUUGGUUCCUCCUGUUGAACCGAACUCACAGUGGGAAGUUAUACGACCAAAAAUUGAAAACGAAGAAGCGUUUAUUGCAGUUGAAACUGAGCAGCUUCGAGAGAAAUUCUUUAAUGAUUAUCUCCAAAAUCUGGCAGAAGCUUGUGGUCAUCAUCAUGGUUCAUCAAAAAAGAAAAAGAAAGAUAAGAAAAGACGCCGAAAGGAAGAGAAAGACAGCGAAACAGAAGGCGAAGCAAGACCGAAAAAAAAAAAGAAACAUCAUAAAUCGGAUAUAAGCGAUGAAGAAAGAGGAGCAGAGCGAAAGCGUAGAAAAAAGAAAAAACGGCUACAUUCAAAAUCUUGCUCAAGAUCGCAGUCUGUUGAAUUUAUUGAAAAGCAGUGCAGAGGAGAAGAUUCUCCGCUACAUCAGAAUGGAAGUAAUGAGUCAGAAUUAAGUGAAGGCGAGUUGGAACGGAGACGGAAAUUUUUGCUGAAUAAACUGGACGUAUCUCCUCAGUCAUCCUAA